GAUCUAUGGGUAUUAUGGAACGUAGUCAUGUUUAUCUCCUGCUCUUCUGCUGUUUAUUCUUCAGAGAAAGUCUUUGUGGCACCUCAUUAAGUAUAGACACGUGUGGAUUUUCUGGGGAGUCAGUGUCAUUAAGCUGUACGUUACCAUCUACGGAAUUUACACAACCUAUAGCAUGGAGCAAUGAUAUCAUUGUUGGAGACAUCUCAGCUUGUACACCAGGUGGCUGUGGUGCUCCUUCUAAUAGUCGCUAUUCUGCAUCAGCAGACCCAAAUGGAAUAUAUAUGUAUAUUGCAAGACUCUCAAGGGCUGAUGAUGAAACAACAUGGAAAUGCACAAUGCAAGAGGAGUCCCCUUCAACUUUGAACCUGGUUGUUAAAGACCAUCCAACUACCUGUGCUCUUAGCAAAAAUGCUGAUGGCAGCUUCAAGUGCGAGACAGACUGUGGUUACCCAACAUCAGACCUCACAAUUGACUGGUUUCUCAACACAACAUCUGCUGUUAUCGAUCUGACAAACCCAUCAAUAGCUAUAGAUACAACAUCGACUCCGGUGUGUUCCAAUGGGGGAAAGGCAUCUGCUACACUUCCUGCAUCAAACAUCAACGAGGAUGGAGAUCUUUAUUGCAAAUGUGAAAUGCAAACUGCCUGUCCACAACAAGCCCUGAUUGUCAGCGGGAGUGAAGCAGUUACUGCAACUUGGUAACGCAGAGCAUACAUACUAACAAUGUUAAUCCCAUUAAUACAAAUGUCACUGAUGACGAGAAAGGCCAGAAGGAAGGGGAGACGACUGGUGUCCUAAGGAGAUGAAAGGCCUUGAAACAAAUGACAAAGAAGACAAAGUUUAAACGUUGUCCAUGUUAGUCAAAUAAGGAAAUUAUACUGAUUGAUUGAUUAAAACAGAUAUAACCAAUGAUCUUUUACGUAAAUGCAUGUGUAUGUGUCUGCACACUCCGAAA